CGAGGCGAUGCGGCUGUCAACAGUCAGCGGGACGCAGUACUUCCUACUUGAGACUUGAGACCAGCUUUCAUCCGAGGGUUGUUCCAGCUGUCAUCUCGGUGUUGCCAGGUGUCCACGCUACAUGACUGUGUCAAGAGCACCUGUCUCCAAUCAGCUUUAUCACCACCGGUAUAUAAACCUGCCUGUUCCAGGAAAUCCUCGCCGAAGUAUUGCAGUUACUUUCAGUGGUACCACGGCCCAUUUACCUCCCAUGUCGUGGCGCUCGUCCUUCCACUGCUCCAAGUUCCGCCACAUCUUCGGGAAAGCAUCCAGCAGGGAGCACGGCUUCGACGGCGUUCCCAUCACACGUGGCGUCCAUGACAACCAGUACUGCUCUGUCAAUCCUUGUUUCAUCGCCAUGGUGACAGAGUGCGCCGGGGGCGGGUCCUUCCUGGUGCUGCCCAUCCAUCAUACAGGCAGAGUGGACCCUCAGCAUCCGAGGGUGUGCGGUCACAGGGCUCAGGUUGUUGACAUCAAGUGGAACCCGUUCGAUGACAGCUGUAUCGCCUCGUGUUCUGAGGACUGCACGGUAAAGAUCUGGGACAUUCCGCGCUGUGGUGUCGAACGAAACCUCACCCAGGCCAGGAAGACUCUGAUUGGUCACUCCAGGAGGGUAGGGCUGAUCGAGUGGCAUCCGACUGCUGAGAACCUCCUACUGAGCUCGGCCUACGACUACAAGGUCCUCCUGUGGGACGUGUCCCAGGACGGGGCGCUGCUCAGGUGUCCGGUGCGUGUGGUCAUGGCGCCAGUCCACCACCGCUUCCCGUCAGAGAUGUUGCUGCUGUCCGUCAGCUUCAACCUGGAAGGAAACCGGCUGGCGGUUGCGUCCAAAGACAGGCGCGUUCGAGUGCUGGACCCCCGCACAGGAAGGAUUCUCCAGGUGUCCUGCAACAAAUAUCACAGGGCCAACAAGGUUGUGUACAUCGGAGGUUUGAAGAUGCUGCUGAGCACCGGUUGCUCGCUCUGGAACCACAGACAGAUCGUCCUCUGGGACCCGGAUGACUUGUCGGAGCCUCUGUACGAAGAAGAUCUGGACGGUUCUGCAGGAGUUCUCUUCCCGUUCUUUGAUCCAGACACUGACAUGCUUUACCUGGCUGGGAAGGGUGAUGGGAACAUCAGGUACUACGAGCUGAGUUCGGAGAAACCUUACAUCAGCUUCCUGACAGAGUUUAGGUCCCCGCUGCCUCACAAAGGACUCGCGGUGAUGCCAAAGCGUGGCCUGGACGUCAACAUCUGCGAGAUAUUCCGAUUCUAUCGCCUGAUCGCCGUCAAAGGCCUGGUGGAGCCGCUGUCCAUGAUUGUACCGCGCAAGAAGUCGGCGACAUUCCACGAGGAUCUGUAUCCAAUGACAGCGGGAAACCGGGCCGCCAUGACGGCUCAAGAGUGGCUGACAGGAAUCAACAGGGCAGGCCCAGUCUUGAUGUCUCUACAUCCUGGCAUUCGAGUGGUCAACCCUUACCCAGAAAGCCUUGCUGGGAGGAGCUGGUACCCCAAGGGGCCGACCACAGAAGCACUGCCCCGCUCGACCGCGGGCCUCAUGGAGAAGAACUUCCUACAGGAACAGCUGGCCUACCAGGAUGCCAAAUAUCACAGACACACAGACGUGCUGUCGGGCUGGCAGUCAGAUGAGUCACAGCUGUGGACGUACGACAUCACGCCCCACUGCUGCGAGCCUGCGGAGAGGCCGCCGCCCACCACACAGGAUGAGCUCCGUGAAGCAUUCUACAAACAGCAAGAAGAGAUCCGAGGUCUCCGUGAAAUACUCGACCAAAAAGACGUGAGGAUCGCCGAGCUAGAACAGGAAGUCAGACAAACCAACAACAACCCGAGCGCGACGCGGUGACAGCUGACACGCUCGCUUUUCAGCACAAACCACAACAAUAAAAGGAACAACCCACUUUAUUUGUGCACUUCUUGUGUUCAACUCCUUUGAGGGGCUGGCGAAGCUCCAGGAAAUCAAUCCAGAUAUGAGACAGCAAAAAGCAAAAUGUUAAGAUUUUAUUUACAAAGUCCAUUUUAGUUUGUUUUGUUUUUUUGGUAGUUUUUUUCCUUUAACUUACAGAAAGUACAAAAAAAAAAUAAUAAUAAAAUAAACCUAGUCAGUGUAAACAAAGACGAAAAAGAAAAAAGAUCAAAUAGACUGGAAACAUUUUGCCCUGAGCACUCUGUGGGGUUGAUGACAUCUUGGGUUGGUUUGUUGGGGGACGUUUGGGUGCAAUUACCUCCUCUGGCAUUGCAUACUUAUCUCAACUAAGUAUAAAAAUGACUGUUCUAGGAAUUAGUGACGAAAACACUUAACGACCUUCUUGAGAUGCGUUUAACUUGAUGCCGAUAAGAGUCGGAGCUUUAGGUCCUGAGAAACUUUGGGAUGACGUCAGCGACAUCGUCGAUACAAAA